CGCUGCUUCCUCUUUGAAAAUGUUGCAAGUUUGCAAGAGAUCGUGGGAUUCUUCAAUCGGCUGGUGCCCGGAGUCGCUCGCUGGUCGGUGGGCAUAGACUGGGCACUGGGAUCCCUGCAGCCCUUGUAAAGUUACCGGCACUGCCAAGGGGGCUCCGCCGCACGUGACUGCCGUGGAUUUAGGGGGGGAGCGGGCACGAGCUUGGCACCUGCUGGAACUCUGCGGAUAUUAGGCGAGCCCCCCUCAGGAUGCCAUGGGACCUGCUGGUGACUUGAAGAAGAGUCGCAUCUGUUGGUAGAAGAAGGGAAAGGGGCUCCUGCCUGGCAUUGGGGACACAUGCCAGUGUGCGUCUAGGAGGACCUGCUGGAUCAUGGGCACCGGAGUGUGCAGCAGGAGGCAGAAGAGUCUGCUCCACACCGGGCUCUGCCUGCUGGCACUGCUGGGGCUGGGCAGCGGGCUCUUCUUCUACAACUACAUGCUGAAUAAGGCCAGUGCAUCCGAGGCUCAGGCUGCCAGGUCCAAGCAGCAGCAAGAGACCCUGUCUGCCCAGCUGCAAGUGGUGUAUGAGCAUCGGUCAAGGCUUGAACGUUCUUUACAGAAGGAAAAGAGUGAGCACAAGAAGACAAAAGAGGAUUAUUUAGUCUAUAAACUAGAGGCCCAGGAGGCCCUGAACAAAGAGAAGCAAGAUUCUAUGAAUCGCUAUGGGGCUCUUAGUUCACAACACAAGAUUCUCAAGAAUCAGAAUGAAGAAAUGAAGAAGCAGCUGUCCGACUUGCAGGUGGAGCACAGCAAUCUGAAGCUAGAACACCGCAAGAGCGAGGAGCUGCGCAAUCAGCAACUGACCCAACUGCAGAGGGAGAAGGAGAGCGAGACUGCCGGGCUGCAGGAUACCAUAUUAAAACUGCGGGAGGAGAGUAAGUUACUUAGAAGGGCCCACCAGGAUGUCCACAUGCAGCUCCUCGGUGCACAGGCCCAGAUGGAGGAAUUUCGCCAGUUGAAGGAUGCUUUGAAGAGAAUGCCAAGCUUCAAAGACUCAAGUACUGACACACAACACCAGCAAUCCCUGGCAGACACUAAAAAGGAUUUCAAAGAACAUAAACCACAGGUGCCUCAGAACUCACAGGGAAGUAAGAAUAACGCAGAAGACAUCCCGGGAGGGCAUGUGAAGAGGCUGACACAAGGUCAACCUGAAGGACAAGAGAACUCCUUACUUCAGAGUCCCCCAGUACAACCUGCAUCCUCAAGGCUAGUGACGCGAAAUGACAGCCGUGUUUCCAGAUUUACCAGGACAGUUAACAGUCUUCAGGACCCGCAGAGAGAAUGAGGACCAACGUGUCCC